CAGCGAAGCUGUUCUUUUACUUUUCCAUCAGCAUGUCUUGUUCGGUUCUUGGUUGUAAUAUUUGCCGGCACCACAUGCCGACCGCGUAAACGAAACGAUGAUCAAUGGCGGCGGCGUAAAAUUGAUCACGCUAGUAGUUCUAGUUGUACCACAACCACAAGAACCUCCUCCUCCUCCGGAGAACGAACUCGUCGAUCUACACUAUUCACUGCAAGCGGCAUAACAAGUGUCGUCGCCGAUUUUUAUUGCAUCUACAUCUUGUAGUUUCUACCGACUGCGUCGUCCGUAAAAAGUCUGCAAGAGUACUUAAGUAGUCUGUUGUUUACAACCGCCAGCAGCGACCUCUUCUUUCCUCAGAUCAUGAUAGGUUGUCAAUGAGACCUCCAAGAAAUAGAAGAAGUUCUACAUCAGGUAACCUCAGGAUGUAGCUAGUUGUCCUAGCGCUAGCACUAGCAAAAGUAGUGGCCCUCGCGUUCUUUUUCAAUAUCGAUUUUAAAGUUAAAGAGUACCUACGUAAGUACUUAUUUCAGAACUUCAGCGACACUCCAAACAAUUUCUACCAUCAUGACCGACGUCUUCGCCUACCUCAACAAACUGGUCGACGACACGACCGGCCUGACCUCCAUCGCAGUGGCGGACCGGGAUGGCGUCGCGGUGCUCCGGGCGCCACCAAAAACCGGAGGGGACCAACAAGCUUCGGAUCUGCAGUCCGAGCAGAUUCUCACCACGAUUUUCUCCCUGACCACCGACCAAACGACCAAAGUGGACCUGCUGGGGCAGUGCAAUUCAAUCUGCUUAGUACACGACGACGCGGUGGUACUGCAGGGGAACUUCGGCCCGUUGGUAAUCACGUUGAACGGCGAAGCAACCGCGGACGUGAACAAGUUGGGCGAGAUUUUGGAAAUAUUGGAACAGGUUUUGAUACCAACGAAAGAUGUGGUGCAGAGGGAAAUUGAUGCGUGGUAAAGAUGAAGAACUCAGGUCGGUGAUAGAGAACAAGUACGGCAACAUGUGAAGAUAUUACAGCAACAGCAGCGACAAGCGAUCUUUUGGAUUUGCGUACUAUUAAACUGCUUCACGCAGAAGUUGAACUCGAAGUAGUAGAACACCAGAAACAUUCACGUCGCAACUCCAUCAUCUACGUGGUCCUGAAAAU